AUGACGGCGACGGCGCCGAGCAGCAGCAACGGGUCAGCGAGGAGGGGACGUUCCCAGUCCCAGCAGCGCCGCGGCGGGCGUUUGGCUACGGCAGGUGGCGCAGGCGGCGGCGCUCGUCGUCGGCCGCACAAGGACCUGAGCUGGACGGGCGUCCGGGAGCGGCUCUGGGGCGGGUGGGCGGCGGAGAUCCGCAUCCCGCGCACCCGAUCCAGGCUGUGGGUCGGCAGGUUCCAGGACGCCCUGCAGGCGGCGCUGGCCUACGACGCCGCCUUGUUCUGCUUCUACGGCGAGCGCCUCCCCAGCCAGCGCAAGUUCAACUUCCCGGGCGCGCCACGCCCCGCCAUCCCCGAGCACAUCCGCGUCCAGCUCACCGUCGCCAACAUCAAGGAGAUCGCGGCCGACUACGGUCGAAGCUGCGCCGGCCUCUUCUUUUCUGCGCCGGCUCAGCUGUGCCCUACACCAGCUGCCGCACCACCGGCACCACUGACGCCACCUCUGAUGGUGCCAGCGCCGGCGCCGGCGCUGGCUACUGAUGGUGCUGCCGCCGCCAGCGCUGAAGCAAUGACCUCCACAACAACUGAUGUCGUCCAUGCUGCUGGCAACGCCGGGAACCGCGUGGAUGGAGAAUUCAUGGCAAGUGCUGAUUGCCUGCUCUCCUGCAACCCAGAUGAUUUCGUCGGGGUUUUAGACAUCGACGACGUGGACCUCUUUAUCGGCCAGAACUGA